GGUUUCGAGCUUGGUUUUGCCAUGGCAAGUCCUAAUGCCUUGGUGUUGUGGGAAGCUCAGUUUGGUGAUUUUCAUAAUACAGCACAAUGCAUCAUUGACCAGUUUAUCAGCUCAGGACAAGCCAAGUGGGUACGGCACAAUGGAAUUGUUUUGCUUCUACCACAUGGCAUGGAAGGAAUGGGACCUGAGCAUUCUUCAGCCAGACCUGAAAGGUUCCUGCAGAUGAGCAAUGAUGACUGCGAUGCUUAUCCUGAAUAUAACCAAGAUUAUGAAGUUACUCAACUGUAUGACUGCAACUGGAUCGUAGUAAACUGUUCAACACCUGCUAAUUACUUUCAUGUCCUCAGGCGGCAAAUUUUAUUGCCCUUCCGCAAACCGGUACAGUCUUCCAGCGUGUGA